CCCGUCUAUAGAGUUAUGCCUCACAAAAGAUGCCGUGCUCUCAUGGAAAUGCUGGGGAUUGGUUGAUGGGGAUGAACUCUACUAUGUGAUGGAACCCUGGGGAGCUGACUGGACGGGACGCGUUGGUUCGUUUAUUGCGUGUUGGUCGGCCGGUUGGUCUGAAGAGACUUUGGCAAUCGGAGCAAGGCUUUCUUUCUUUCUCUCUCUCUCUUUCGGGCUUCGCAAUCGCAUGUUCGCGAACUAUCUUUCACGAAGCUGUCGACCCCCUUUCAAGGAACAGCUUGGUUGUGGAAGGCCUCCCAUUGCCCACCUGUGCCACCCUUCUCCGACUGCUCCCCCACGGUUUCGGUUCCACCUUGGCGGAGAGCAGUUCCUCAGGGUCGAAACUCUGGUUCUCUUAGUGUACCACCAAAGCAAAGAUUCUGUCCUACGGAUACUAGCCGUACAGAGUGCAGAACGAGUGGUUGAGCGGGCUGCCGAGGUCGAACAUUCUGAAACUCUGGCUAAAAGCAUUUCGUGCGUCUUCGGUGUUGGUUGGUGCCGUGCAUUGCAGCCAGCGUUACAUGGCGGCGUGCCUGGGGGGUGUCGACCGGCGGUUGACCCUCCGAUCGGGUGAAGGAGAACAGCCAACAGAUCAUGAAAGGUGACAGGCCGACAGCAGCUGGGAUUGUCGCUGUUGAUUCCUUGCAUUGCUGCCCGUAUUCCAUCAGUCAAAUCAUAAGCGGCCGUUGGUAGCCUUACAGGCGCAAUAAACGCCCAGUCGGCCGGCGCGACGCCGCCCGCCAACGGUCCCCC